GAAUGCAGCUCGUGUCCCCGGCUCAGAGCCCACGGAACUUCCCAACCCGGUGUCGGCCACGAGGAGCAAACCGGGAAAUAGCGUCUCGGGUUUUGCUUGUGUGUUUGUUUUUCACAGAUGCCCACCGCUUGUAAGAGGCAGCCUGGUAAAAUGAGUCUAUGGAAACAGUUGCCCGGGCGGCCAACUGCUGCUUCCGGAAGUUCUUUGACGUUUUGGUAACAAUGGAGCAACUGGACCAAUGCGGCGCCCCUUCCGGUUUCGUUUGUUCUCGCCGAGUUCUUCUUUCCCAAAGUUGCCUUUGCCCCCGGAAGUGAGGUCUUCCGGGUUCCUCCCUCCCCCAUGAUGGCAGCAGCUGAAGACGAGUUACUGCUGCCACGGCUGCCCGAGCUGUUCGAAACCAGCAAGCAGCUUCUGGAAGAAGUGGAAGUAGCGACUGAACCCACCGGUUCCCGGAUGAUCCAAGAUAAGGUGUUCAAGGGACUAGACCUCCUGAAGAAGGCUGCCGAAAUGUUAGCGCAGCUCGACUUAUUCAGCCGCAAUGAAGAUUUGGAAGAGAUUGCUUCCACCGACCUGAAGUACCUGAUGGUGCCAGCAUUUCAAGGAGCGCUCACCAUGAAACAAGUCAACCCCAGCAAGCGUCUAGAUCAUUUGCAGUGGGCUCGAGAACACUUCUUAAACUACUUAACUCAGUGCCAAUACCACCAUGUGGCAGAGUUUGAGCUGCCCAAAACCAAGAACAACCCAGCUGAAAAUAACACUGCUAGUUCCUCCAUGGCCUAUCCUAGCCUCAUUGCUAUGGCAUCUCAAAGACAGGCUAAAAUAGAGAGAUACAAGCAGAAGAAGGAGGUGGAGCAUAGGUUGUCUGCGCUGAAAUCUGCUGUGGAAAGUGGUCAUGCAGAUGAUGAGCGUGUUCGUGAAUAUUACCUUCUUCACCUUCGAAGGUGGAUUGGUAUCAGCUUAGAAGAGAUUGAGAGCAUUGAUCAGGAGAUAAAGAUCCUGAAAGAAAAAGACUCUUCAAAAGAGAGCUCACGAGAGCAGCUCAGCAACAGAAAGAUCAGGAACAAAAGGAGGAAGAAGAUGAUGAGCAAACACUCCACAGAGCUCGGGAAUGGGAUGACUGGAAGGACACCCAUCCUAGGGGCUAUGGCAACCGACAGAACAUGGGUUAGUCGUCCCACAAGAUGGGACUGUGGGGGCGCACCAUCUUCCCCACCAAGGAAAGCUGUGUGGUCUUCCCCUCCCUGGGUUCCUGCUUCAGCUGUGUACAACAAAAGCAAAGACGCUUAAUCAUGCUUUGCGUUCAAUAAAGUGUCAAACAAUUAAGUGUGUAUUUGUAUCCUAGAUGAUGAGCCAGCAGUCUUGUUUUGGCAUUAUUAUCCUCAUCAUGGUGUAUUCCAUUUUCUUAAGUGGAAAGAAAAGUACUGAGAAAUGGCUCUGUAUAAUCAAUGACUGUAUGAAUUCUCUCUAAAAAAUAAUAAAAGUCCCUUCUAUUACAUGAGCCUGUGCAGAAA